CUCAGCCUUAACCCGCAAGGUCGCAAUUCUAUCUCCACCUUUCUUUAAUUAGGGUUUUGUUUUGGUCUUCGUCUCCUCACUUUCUGUUUCUAGGGUUUUGUUCGAUUCGCAAUUACGCAAUCUAGGGUUUUCACUGCAAUUAUCUCUCUAUAAAUAGUAUACAUUGAAAUAUUUCAUCUUUCGGUUCGGAUCCUAUUAGAAUUCUGAUUCCUUCUAUUCUGCAACUGUGAUCGUGGAGUUAGGUUUUCUGAAUCGUUCCUUGUUUGAUUCUUGAAAAGGGUUUUUUAUUUUGGGUUUGAUUUGGGGAAUUUGUGGAGUUUUGGAGAAUUUGAUUGGGGAAACCAUGCCUCCGAGGACGGUGAAGAGAGGUGGGGCGGCGGGAGCGAAGAGGACGACGAGAGUCACCAGGGGGACGCACAAGGCCCAGAACCAGGUCCAGCCUGAGGCUCCAGAUGAGUUGGUGAAGGCCGAGGAUGCGGUGCCGAUGGUGGAAUCUAAAGAGGAUCUCAAUGUUGAAGAGAUUAAGGAGAAGCCAAUUGCGGCGGACAAGCUCGUGGCUGUCGAGGAGAAGCCAGUUGUUGAUGAAAAGGCAUCCGUUAUUGAUCAGUCAGGGCCUUCAGAGAUGGAAGUUGAAGCGAAAGCAGAGCAGAAAGGAUUAAAAAAACAAGAUAAGGUUAAGGAGUCUAUAGAUGAUUAUGAAAAAGAUGAACAAUUAGAGCUGGAGGAUAAUGAAGCUGAGUAUGAACCUGAAGAAGAUGGUGGGGUUGAUUAUGAUGAGAAGGAAAUGGAACAAGAGGAUAUCCAGGAGCUCGGGGAUGAAGGAGAUGAAGAACCUGAGGAGAUUGUAGGUGAAGAAGAAGGUGAUAUGGCUGAGGAAGAGUUGGAAGAUGGCCACGAAGAACUCGAGGGUGAAGAGUUUGAGGAGCAUGCUAGCGAGGAGCAUGAGCAUGAGCAUGCAGAGAUGGUUGACGAGGAAGAGGAGCACCAUGAAGUUGUAAAGGAGAGACGGAAGCGCAAGGAGUUUGAAGUAUUUGUUGGUGGUCUAGACAAGGAUGCAAGUGAGGCUGAUCUUAGGAAAGCUUUUGCUGGUGUUGGUGAAGUUACUGAGGUCAGGCUGAUGAUGAACCCUCAGACUAAGAAGAACAAGGGAUUUGCGUUCUUGCGUUUUGCAACUGUGGAACAAGCAAGGCGAGCAGUUGCGGAGCUUAAACAUCCAGUGAUUAAUGGAAAACAGUGUGGUGUUACUCCAAGUCAAGACAGUGAUACUCUUUUUCUGGGUAACAUAUGCAAGACAUGGACAAAGGAUGCUUUGAGAGAGAAGUUGAAACAUUAUGGAGUAGAUAAUGUUGAGGGUCUGACAUUGGUUGAAGAUACUAACUAUGAGGGAAUGAAUCGAGGCUUUGCUUUUUUGGAAUUUUCUUCUCGUUCAGAUGCCAUGGAUGCUUUUAAGCGACUUCAAAAAAGAGAUAUUGUGUUUGGAGUUGAUAGGCCUGCAAAAGUUUCUUUUGCAGAUUCCUUCAUUGAUCCUGGUGAUGAAAUCAUGGCACAGGUCAAAACUGUGUUUGUUGAUGGCCUACCUGCUUCAUGGGAUGAGGACCAUGUCCAAGAUCUUCUUAAGGAAUAUGGGAAUGUUGAAAAGAUUGAGCUUGCGCGGAACAUGCCCUCUGCUAAGAGGAGAGAUUUUGGUUUUGUUACAUUCGACACUCAUGAGGCUGCAGUUACGUGUGCUAAAAGCAUUAACAAUUCAGAGUUAGGUGAAGGAGACAACAAGGCGAAAGUCAGGGCGAGGUUAUCAAGACCGCUCCAGAGGGGUAAAGGAAAACAUGUUGGGCGAGGAGAUUAUCGAUCUUCUAGGGGGGUUGGACGAGUUGUUAGAGGUUCAUGGGGUCACCCAGCACCACGCCCUCUCCCUCCUAUGCGUAGUGGGUUAAGGGGAGUUGGAAGUCGAAUCCCACCAGCCAGUGUAAAGAGGCCUGUUGCGCUAAGAGAUAGACGCCAUGUGAUGUCAUCUUAUCCACAAAGAGGCAGGCCUUUGCCUCCUCCAUCUAGGUCCUAUGACAGGAGGCCACCUGUUCCUGCGUACCCAAAGAGUAGCUUCAGGAGGGAAUAUAGCAGGCAUGAGGACCUUCCUCCUCCAAGGAGUAGAGCAGCCCCUGAUUAUGGAUCAAGGGCUGUUCCAGAAAGACGCCAAUCGUACAGAGAUGAUUACGCUCAGCGUGGUCCUGCCUACUCUGAUCCACCAAGAAGUACAUCUCGUACAACAGGAAGGAGAGCUUAUGUUGAUGAAGGUUACGGACAGCGGUAUGAAAGGCAUCCUCCCCCUCCUCCUCCUCCAAGUUACCGUGAAGGUCGUGCUCGUGAUUAUGACACUAUUUCUGGUUCAAAACGUGCCUACUCUGCACUGGAUGAUGUUCCUCCCCGUUAUGCUGAUGCGGGCAUCCGCCAAUCAAGGGCACGGUUAGACUAUGAGUAUGAAAGUGGUUCGUCUCAAUAUGGUGAUGGCUAUAGUGACAGACUUGGGAGAUCUAAUAUGGGAUAUGGAAGCAGCAGAACAAGUCAGGAUUCUCAUGGACUAUACAGCAGUCGUCAGGGCAUGGGCUAUGGAGGAGGUUCUUAUGGUGGUAGUGACGUUGGUGGAAUGUACUCAUCCAGCUAUGGUGGUGAUUAUAUCUCUCGUGGCAGUGACGUUGGAGGUAGCUCUUACUCAUCAAUGUACUCUGGCCGUGGUGCGGGUGGAAGCAGUUAUAUGGGUUCAGGUGGUUCUGGCUCAUACUAUUGAGGCACGACAUCUCGUCUUUGGCUCUAAGAGGUCAUUGGUGAAAACAGAGCAAUAUAUGGUUACAAGUGAAUUUGUCUAUGGAACAGAUCUGACAUGAUGAAGAGGAUGCUGUGGGAUGUGGACUGUAUGAAGCUUUUUACCAUUAUGAUGCCUAGAGUUAUGGACACAGAAUUUCCCUAAGAACCUAUGUAUGUGCUGAGGAGCCGCCCUCUUAGAUUUCCAGAGAUUGGAUAUUGUGCCAGGCUGUAGUUAUUUUGCUGCAAGGAAACUCAAGAUAUUCGGAGAUGCAAGUGCUUAGUUUAUGACGUGUCUUCUACUUCAUCUACUAGAAGAACUCCACCUGACGGAAAAUUUGGAGUCCUGCUGCAUCCUUUGUUCGUAUGAAUAGAUAAGACUAUAACAAGAGAAAGAGGAUUUUCUUAAUGUGAUUAUAAGGUAUUUUGGAUAUUUUUAAUGCUGAAUCCUUUGGAAAGGUUUGAAUAAUAAAAGCCGUUUUGGCCGUUUUAGAUCGCUUAAUCAAUUCAGUUCCAUAUCGUUGAGUGGGUUAUCACGGAACUGAAGGCUAUAAGGAAAGAUUCAGCUUGCUUGGAAUUGUACGAGAUUGUGGUCCAAAAAGGUAGACCUGGAAUCUGUUGCCUGGUGUGUACAGUUUUAGUUACCGCGUGAUUUAAAUUUGCAUUUUUGACAUAUAUAUUGAUAUUUAAGGAAACAUAUUGGGAAAUUACAAAGAAGAAUGAGUAGGACUCUAGUUCAUAAAAUUAUCUUACAUUGCUUGCUAAAAUCUCGAUUGAAGUAUUAUUCUUAAGUUCCUUGCAACCUCUACCAAGAACUGUGAGAGUCACCUGAGAGCAAAAGUAGGACUGAAAAACACUGAAAGAACACUCUUGCUACUGUUAUCUGGAUUGCAGAAAGUCGGUAUUUGUAAAGAAGGGAUGCAAUUGGCAAGUAUUCCACUUUGUAGAAGCACGUCUUAAUGUGGAAUAUCCCAUACUAAGUGUGGGUGGAUCACUUUGGCACGUUCACGGAGUCUAAAAGUUGGUUGUAUCUUUACGAGCAAUUCUCGCAGAUUAAAAGCUUGUGGAACUUGGAGGUAACUAGUACCUGAGUUGAGUCCUUGUCCUUGUAUUGUUCAUUAGGGCUUGUUAUGGUCAAGAUAGCUUAAAUCUUCUCAAAUCCUUUCGAUCAACUCAUUUUGAUUGCUUUAGCGUAUCCAAGGACUAGUUGCUGGUUGGAAGUUGUUUCACUUGAGCGGUUUUACUUUGAUAUGCUUUUGAUACAUGCCAGUAUCCUAUCGAUGUUCGGAUGCAACUGAAUGCUGGAUUGAAUUUUAAUGGGGUGCCAUAUACUUUUUGUUAUUCGUGUUCACUAGUGAAAUACGACAACCUGAUUGUGUGGAAAACCUAGACAGUCCUCGUUGUAAUGGGCAACGUAUUGUAUUUGGUAUAAAAUUUGCAGGACUCUCUCUCU